AUGGCGGAGGCCGACAAGCCCGAAGAGCCUGGGGCCGCUGGCGACGACAGCCCGCUUCAGCAGCCCGCUGAGCCUCCGGGCGAGACGCGGCGAGGACCGCACCCGCCAGAGCCGGAGAAGCAGCAACAGCACAGCAGCAGCUCCAAUGGCGUUAAAAUGGAGAAUGAUGAAUCAGUAAAAGAAGAGAAAUCUGACUUAAAGGAAAAAUCUACAGGAAAUGUUAAAGCAAAUAGAUUUCAUCCUUAUUCAAAAGACAAGAAUUCAGGCACUGGAGAAAAGAAGGGUCCAAAUCGUAACAGAGUUUUCAUUAGCAACAUCCCAUAUGACAUGAAAUGGCAAGCUAUUAAAGAUCUAAUGAGAGAAAAAGUUGGUGAGGUUACAUACGUGGAGCUCUUUAAGGAUGCGGAAGGAAAAUCAAGGGGUUGUGGUGUGGUUGAAUUCAAAGAUGAAGAAUUUGUAAAGAAAGCUCUAGAAACUAUGAACAAAUAUGAUCUUAGUGGAAGACCCCUGAAUAUUAAAGAGGAUCCUGAUGGAGAAAAUGCUCGUAGGGCAUUGCAACGAACAGGAGGAUCAUUUCCAGGAGGACAUGUCCCUGAUGUGGGAUCAGGGUUGAUGAAUUUACCACCUUCCAUUCUCAGUAAUCCAAACAUUCCUCCUGAAGUUAUCAGUAAUUUGCAGGCUGGUAGACUUGGUUCCACAAUUUUUGUUGCUAAUCUUGACUUCAAAGUUGGUUGGAAGAAACUAAAGGAAGUGUUCAGCAUAGCUGGAACUGUAAAGCGGGCAGAUAUUAAAGAAGACAAAGAUGGCAAGAGCAGAGGAAUGGGCACAGUCACUUUUGAACAAGCAAUUGAAGCAGUUCAAGCAAUUUCUAUGUUCAAUGGGCAGUUUUUAUUUGAUAGACCCAUGCAUGUGAAAAUGGAUGACAAGUCAGUCCCUCAUGAAGACUAUCGUUCACAUGAUAGUAAGACACCACAAUUACCACGUGGUCUUGGAGGCAUUGGAAUGGGACUUGGUCCAGGUGGACAGCCUAUUAGUGCCAGCCAGUUGAACUUUGGUGGUGUAAUGGGAAAUUUAGGUCCAAGUGGUAUGGGAAUGGAUGGUCCAGGUUUUGGAGGAAUGAAUAGAAUUGGAGGAGGAAUCGGGUUUGGUGGCCUGGAAGCAAUGAAUAGUAUGGGGGGAUUUGGUGGAGUUGGCCGAAUGGGAGAGCUAUACCGUGGUGCGAUGACUAGUAGCAUGGAGAGAGAUUUUGGACGUGGUGAUAUUGGAAUAAAUCGAGGCUUUGGAGAUUCCUUUGGUAGACUGGGCAGUGCAAUGAUUGGAGGGUUUGCAGGAAGAAUAGGAGCUUCUAACAUGGGUCCAGUAGGAUCUGGAAUAAGUGGUGGAAUGGGAAGCAUGAACAGUAUGACUGGAGGAAUAGGGAUGGGACUGGACCGGAUGAGUUCCAGCUUUGAUAGAAUGGGACCAGGUAUAGGAGCUGUAUUGGAAAGGAGCAUCGAUAUGGAUCGAGGAUUUUUAUCGGGUCCAAUGGGAAGCGGAAUGAGAGAGAGAAUAGGCUCCAAAGGCAACCAGAUAUUUGUCAGAAAUCUGCCUUUUGACUUGACUUGGCAGAAACUAAAAGAGAAAUUCAGUCAGUGUGGUCAUGUAAUGUUUGCAGAAAUAAAAAUGGAGAAUGGAAAAUCAAAAGGCUGUGGAACAGUCAGAUUUGACUCCCCAGAAUCUGCUGAAAAAGCCUGCAGAAUAAUGAAUGGCAUAAAAAUCAGUGGCAGAGAAAUUGAUGUACGCUUAGAUCGUAAUGCAUAAUUUCAAACCACGGUUGGAACAUUCCUACAUCUGUUUUGCUGAAUCUCCUAGUAAAAGUAAUUUUUUUAGAAAUACUGUAUGGUUACAAAAGCUGUAAAAAUGGACUUUUAAAACUCCUACCAGCUUUUAACAGUAUAGUGUUAAAAAUAUACUGUGAUUUUUGUUAAUCUCAAGUUUGGGUUUUUAAGACAGUGAGUCUGGUCAUUCAGUUUAAAUGAAUGGUUAUACUGUUUUUAAUCAAAUAAGCCAUUUUCUUGUUAUUUUCAAAGUGGGAUUCAUUUGUUCAAGUUUCCCUGACUUUUAUCAACAUUGUAAGGCAAAACAUAGAUGGAUUUUUUCAAAACUUCUUUUUUUGUAUAUGUAGUUGUCCUUGAAAGGAAAGGGUCCAGACAAAUUAGGAUGUGAUUUCAGUUAGUUCUAAAUUACUUUUCUUUGUUCAUAAAGAAUUACUGUAAGUUUUAGAUCCUGAAGUUUAGGAUGUUUUUUAUUUGACUUAAAUGAAGAAAUGGAUUUUGCCUUUUCUCUGCCCCUCCCCAUGAUUCACAUUUUCCACAUAAUACUACUAGUAUCAAUCUCCACAGCCCCUUGUUUUAUUAUUUCCCAUAAUUCCAAGUUCAUAAAGAACUGAUAAUGUAGUAAGCCCCAAAUAUAAUAAUAGGCAGGCUAUUCCUAAUUUUCUUUCUAGUUUCCAUCCAUUAAAAUGAAUUGCUAAAAAAAGAAAAAUAAUUGAAACAUUGAGAGAGAUGCUUAUGUAAGUCAGUCCUCUGCUGUUCACUUCUACAGGAGCUGAUGUAUUUAUAAAUGCAGUUUUAAUAAACCAUGGGACACCUAGGCAUAGCAUAUCAAACACAUUGGAUCCCACGAUGUUAGACAUAGCCAUAUCUCCUUUACCUGCAGAAGAGAAGCAUGUUGUUAAAAUGUGCAUAAUGAUAACUAUUUUAUUAGUAAGUUGCAUAUGAAUAUACACUGGAUACUUUUUUUUCUUUAUUCAUUUUGGAAAAUUGUAUUAGAGCAAAAGUCUUAAUGAAUUUAUAUUUUUUAAUCUUUGGUUAGUAUUUAAAAGUUUUAACAUUUAUUUAUCUAAUAAUUAUUUAUUAAACUUUUUUUCAAUAAGGUGUGUAGAUAACUCGUUGCUUUUCAUUCUAAUUAACAUGGCUAAUUAUAAUUGCACAUUUCAGAUGAAUAUUAUUUGAGGGAUCAGAUUUAGUGAAAUUAAUCUGCUAUUAAAUAUUAAACUUUUCCUCUUAAGUUACUCCUCUUUUCUUCAAAGUAUGUUACUGAGGAAAUAAAUAUUUUUAAAGCUACCUUUGCUCAGUGCAUUUCAUCCAGGCUUGAAGAAAGUCCAUUGCAGCUGCAGGACCCUGUUUCUUACCUUUUCUUGCAACCAACACACUUGCAAUUGUGUCUGGUAUGCUUGUUCCUGCUGCUAAUAAAGUAAGGCCCAUUACUGUAUCUGGAAUUUCUAGUGUUUCCCCUAUAAUAAACACAGAUGUGACACGUUACAAAUCUUAUACGUUCACUAACCAUUCUCUACAGAUACUUCAGAUACAUCUUCCCUGAAUAAAAAGGAAAUAUGUACAUUUAGAUUUUAUAACCAGUGUGUGCUUAUGUAAUUUUUUUGCUAACAAGAUAGUAGAAUAAGGUUGCUGAAUUAUGCAAAACCUAGGUAGCACAGAUUUUUAAUGACAGAUAUCUAAAGCUACUUAACAGCUGAAAUUCUGCUAAUGAAUGAUUUCCCUGUCUGGUAUAUUUACCGAAGUUGUGGAUGUCCACUGUUAACUCGUUAGGGCUGUUGCUUAAGAUAUUUUAAUGAGGAUGAUUAUUUUUCUCUUUUUUUUUUUUAAAAAAAAAAAAACUUAAAAUGAUAAGAGUUAAAUGAAUUACUUAUAGCUAUUUUAGGCUAUAAAUGUGUUAGCAUAGUAUAUACAUUUUUUAAGUCCUAAUUUAGUGAUGCCCCUUAAUUUAGAGUUUUCUUUGGGAAAGCACCAUAAAUCUCUGAAGAAAACAAAAUAGACUCGAGUCUUACUAACAAAAGGCUCAAAUUUAUUAAUAAAUUCUGUUAAAUUUGAUGUCACUUCAUUUUUCAGAAAUGUAUUUAGUCUGGGAAACAGAACCAAGGUGGUAUAUAUUAAAAAAAAAAAAAAGGACUAUAUGUAACCUUUUAAUGUUGUAGUUGAAAACUUCCUUUAGAAUCUUUUUUCUUCUUGUGUUUUCUUUUGCUUAAAAUGCCAACUAAAAAGUUUAUUUAUUGCAUGCUUACAUAUUGUUAUUGGAAUUGGUUGUUAACUUUGUAACUUGCCUUGCUAGAGUUCACAUGUACCCAAAUAACACUACUUUUUUUUUCAUCAUGGGGCUGUUCUAUGAUCUGUUACUUAACUUUGCUCUUCUUUUCCUGUUUCCUCUUAUCAUAUGUGUUCUGACAGAAAAUUUGGAGAGAUUUAAUAUGCAAGCUAAUUGGACCUUAAAUCUUUCCUCAUUAAAAAACAAACAUUCCACUUUUUUUUAGCAUACUGUUCUAAAUCAUAUAUCAAUUUGGGGAAAGCUUCAUAUAUGUCGGUGUCAGCAAACUUUUUUUGUAAAGGACCAGAUAGCUAUCAUUUUAAGCUUUCAGGCCACAUGGUCUCUGUUGUUAUGCCACUGUAGCCUGAAAGCAGCUAUCGAUGAAUGGGCGUGACUUUGUUCAGUAAAACUUUAUUAACAAAAACAGGAGGUAGGUGAUUUUGGCAUAUAGGCAGUGAUUGCUGACCCUUGAUAACAGUCAAUUCAGAUAAACCUUUUUGGGAGAAAUUCCUAAUAUUUUGGUCUAUGUUUAUAUUCAGUUUUUCCUUCUGGGACUAGGAGUACUUUGGGACCAGAGCUGAUUAUGGCCAUGUAGUAACUUAAAUCUUAAUCAUGAAGGUAGUAGAAACCUACAGUGAAACUUUAUUUUAUAUCCUUUUUCACUUAUUUCAUAGAAUGCUUGUAUUGUCAUAUUAAAAAGCAAAGUAAAGUAUAAUCUAAACAUCGCCCAUCGUUUUUCCAAAACACUAGCUCUUUGCUAUAAUAUUUCUCAUUAUGGAACAGAAUUCAAUAUAAAGAGUUUAUUAUGGACCCUAUACAAUGUGAUUUAAUUAUUAGGAAGAUAGACAGCCUGUGAAUUUAAUUUAAUUUAUAAGAUGACACUUUGACUUGUAUCCUUGCAUUGUGUAAUAGUGAGACUAGUUAACAUGUAAUAUGCAACUCACAAAACUUCAAUGAUCUUAUUAUAUUAAUACUUAGUCUUUUUGUAAAUAGCACUACUUCUUAUUACAUUAAUACUUAGUUUUUUUGUAAAUAGCACUAAUCUUUAUAGUCUUGCUGAAAAGGAAAUUGGCUUCCUAUCUAGUCCACUUUUAGUGAACAUUUGUAAUUUGUUCUUAAAUGAAAUUAUUUUCUUUUUAAAUUGUGCUAUUGUUCUUGAGAUACAUACCAGUUAUUGUAACCAUCCAAACCAGGAUAUAUGUAAAUGCAGAUAUCCAUAGUGCAGACAUGAAAAAGGUUAUUACAAAAUAGUUUUUCCAAAAUUUUCUUCUGCAAUCUGGUGUGGUUAGAAAGAGUAAUGUAAUAAUAGGAAGGGCCAACACCCAAAAAAUUCUUUUUAAAUCUGCUUCAGGCAUGUUGAAAACACUUGGUGGAUCUGUUGAGGAAAAGUUAAACAAUUUUGAGUUUCCUCACGUGGCCAAUUAAAUUAGAAAUGUCCAUUUAGAGAGCUAUAUUGAAAUAAAUUAUCAGUAUCAGUUUUUAAAAGACUAUUUAAAACAUUUGAAUACCUCAUUACUGAUAUUGCUGGCAAAAAGAAACUAAUUGAAGUUGUUUUAGGACAGAAAAUGUAAAAUGUGAUACCCAGCGUUUCUUGUUUUGGGGCUUUUUAUUCUUCAAAAUGUCUUGGGCCAUUCAGUGAAUAUGUUAGAGAUAAUGUUUAUGAUCUAUCAGUUGCACAUCUCUUGGUUUCCUACAAUGUGGAUUGUUGCAGUAACUUUUUGCUUUGGGGAUUGAUCUGGCUUGUAUUCCUAUCACUCCAGUUGCCUCCACAUCCCAGUAUUGAUGAGUCCUCUGGCCUGCCCUAUGUAUCAGAUAAUACAUACUUAGGGAAUAUAACAUAAUUAUAGCAGAAUCUUUUCACUAAACUGCGUAUUCCAUUCUAAUUCUCAGUGAUUUUUUUUUUUUUUUUACCUUUCAUUACUUUCUUUCAUUAAUUCAUUUGAAUACCUCAAUUCAGAAUUCAUUACAAUUUUUAGAAAGAACCUUAAGAAAAUAGGAACUUAGGAUAUACGCUACAAUGUAACUUAUAAAACUUGAGCAUAUUCCUUUAUUCAAUUUGUUUUAUUAAGUUAGUGAAAAACAAAGAUAAUGAUAAUAUAAUGGAUAAAAAUGGGAAUGUGCUUUAAAACUGUUUAAAAUUUUAUGACAUUUACAGAAUAGUGUGUCCCAUAUAUUGGAUCAAGUCACAUUAUACCUAAUUUUAGUAAAAUAAGUCAUAAAAUAGUUUUCCAGCACUAGUUUGCCCACUAUUUACUUUGCCCACUAUUUAGGCUAGUGGGCCUCUAAAUAAUAUUAGAUAUAAUUUUAGCAUUAAAAAAAGGAUUAGGACUGGUUCUUUGAAGUUUUUUUAAUAAAAUUUAACUUAGUGAUGUACACCUCUUGCAUCCAGUUUUUUUAGGAAGGGGAAGAACUCAUGUUUUAAUUUUUUAAAUAGUAAAUUACAACAAGUUACCUUCUUAAUGUACUUAAUAAAAAUUAGAAUCUAUUUUUUACAACCACUUUAUAAAAUUUAUAUUUCUGGCCAUAGCUGAAUUUGACUUCCUGCUGAUCUUAUUUACCUAAAUGCUUAGCUGCUGCUUCAAACAGCUUGUUUAAAACUGGACUAUCUCCUUCCUUUCCUCCAAAUCAACUCUUUUUCUUAAAUUCCCAAUUCUUGUAAGUAGUGUCACCAUUUUCUAGUCCUCAUGAUCAAAACCUCAGAGUUGGGUUUGUUUGCUCCCUCUUCUGGUCCCAUAUAGUCCCUCAGUUGCCAACUCUUGAUGCUAUGGCUACAUUGCCUCACAUCUGUUCUCUUUCAUUCCCACUGCCUUUACUUUGUCGAGGCAUCUACUAAAUGAACCAGCUGUUGUGAUAGUCUUGUAUAGGACUUCCUGUCUCAUCUCUUCUUUCAGUUCUUCUGUAAACAUUUCACGUUAAUAUUCUAAAGUACAGUUCUAAUCAUUUCUCUGCUCACAGACCUCAGUGAGUCUUAUGCUAACAUUUGAGACUCUUCCUAUCCCUUACUGUCUACCUUUCCUAUGCUUCCUUACUGUACACACACUGUGCUCCAGCUAUUAGUAGUCCUUUUACAGGACUUUUAUUCAUAUUUCCUUGUCCUCAUUCCAUGGACUAUACUUUACCCUUGUCUCUGCAAGUUAUGUAUUCAUCAUAACAUCAGUACAUCCAUUAAAAUCUUACUAUCCUACAAGGCUCAGUUUAAAUGCUGCCUUUUCCAUGACAAUCUCUUCUUUCUGACCAUCCUCACCAAAUUUUAUAAAAUCUGUCCUAUUUAUAAUUACAUAUUAUUACUUGAUCUCUUCGUGCUAAUUAUACCUUCCUGGAAUGGCUAUCUUCCGUACAAUGUUGGAAACCCUUAGGGGUAGGAAUUGCCUCUUUAUCAUCUCUGAAUCUUUACAGUACCUUUUACAUAAUAAGUACACAAUUGAAAAGAGAUUUUUAGUUUUUGUGGUGAAUAGGGUUAAUAGUGGGCAGGAUGUAGUUAUUACCUUCAGAAACCUGACUAAGAUCAUAUAAACUUAAAGAAAGUUGGGAGUAGCCAGAAUCUUCAUGAAAUAUUCCACUGUCAGUUCUUGAUUGUUGGCAGAUGGAUGAUUGACCUUCAUCUUCCCAUCCUGCCAAUAGCUGUUGUUGAGUCCUCUCCUCCAAAUCUUUGACAAGAUGAGUGCAGCAAGGACUGCAUUUCCUUAUAAUAUAUUGGUUAAUUUUUAUGUCAAAACACAGCACCAAAACAUAGAAUCCAUAUAUCAAAAGCAGUAAAGUUGCUUCAUACCUAUAAAUUAGAGAAAUUUGUGUUUUUAAAUUAAAGAUGAAAGCAUUUUAGAUUUAAUAGAUUUUUGUAGUGUCUAUUUCAUAAUUUUCUAACAAAAUCAAACUUUUCCAUAUUUUUUUGUCCUGUAGAUAUGUCUAAACUUGUUACAGAGUUAAUGUAAAUUCAGCAAUAAAAGCUUGACCCUGUUCUUUCUAUAUAUCAAAGAAAAAAUGAGGAUUAUAAAUUCAUUGUCAUUCCCAGAUACCUUCCAAAUGGUAGUGACAAAAAUGCCUUGAAAAUAAUAAUUGGGAAUUUAAAAAAUAAAGGUAAAACUAAUGAAUGGUGAUGGGCAUUUUCUACCUCAGUUCAUUGGCAGAAUACAUUUCUCCAUAUAUGUAAUAAUUAAUAGAAUAUAUUUGUUAAUUCAUUUCAACUUUAUUCACAUGGUCCUGUUUAAAUUCUCUGGUACAGGAAUAUCGUUCAGAAUAUAUUAGGCUUUGGGACAGUUUGCUAUACAGAGUUUUUUUUUUUUAUGAUUUUAAUGUAGCUGAAUUUGGUGUGUAUUCACAAGAAAAGGAUAUUCUCAAAAAUAAAAUUAGACCCUAGGCAUGAAGAACUCUUUCCAAUACUUUGGUUUCCUGCUUAAAGAAUUGUGAUUAGCUAAUGCCAUCACCUUUGAACCUUGUAUUUGAAUACCUUUUAUUUUAUAACCAGUGGAAGAAUAAAGUUCUUGUUUUCCCUAAGGAGGGAGUGUUAGCUUGGGUACUCACAAUCACUGCUACUACCCUUACAGACAACUGCUGAAUCCCACAAGGAUCCGUACUCUACCAACACAGCCUAUCUUUGGGAGACAAACUAGAUUGUUCAGGAUGAUUAUUUAGAAACUCAGCUCCAUGCUAGAUCUUAAGUUCCUUGGUAGCAGGUAUUAUUCAGAGCUGCUUUGUUGUACUCUUGAGGAGUGCUGGUUACAUUGUUUUCUAUUUUUCUGCUGCCCCCUGGAGUUGUGCCGUGCACAACUUGCAUGGCUGUGUAUUUUACAUUUCUUUAUCUCGUAUGAUGCCUAGUAAAGUGAUAAAUACCUAGUAGACACCUGAUGCUUAUAACUUGGAAAAAGUUAAUAUCUGCCCACUAAAUCUUUUAUUUUCCUGUGCCAGUUAGGCACAAGGAGAUUACAGAGAAAGCAAACAAUUAUAAAAUACUGAACCCUAAACGUUUCUUAGAGGAAGAAGGCUAUAUAGUUUCUUCAGCUAAAUGACCAUAAGAAAUUUGGAGGAAUUUAAAGGGGAUUCCUUUACUUCUUCCACCAUCUCUAUCCAAUCUUUUGUGACCAUGACCAUUUUAAACAGGCAUGGUCAACAGUAAUCCAAAAGAAGACAAAGCCAACAGUUGGGGCUUUAACUGGCAACAAAAAUUGGAAAACUUUCAACAGGCAGCUAGUGGGGAGAAGGAAGAAUGGUGAUCUCCAGUGACUAGUGAGGGAGAAAAGGAGACUGAGUUGACUAAAAAAUUGCUGAAUAGGUGGAAAAACCUAAGCAGCAAUUGUGAUAAGGAAGUUCGCUCAGAGACCCACUGGAAAUGGGGCAGAAGUGGCAGAUAUCGAGAAUGACGGAAGUAACAUUUCUGAAAAAAACAACACCAAAAACGGAACCAUCAGAAUUUCAUGAAAUCCUCUCUGUAAUUGUGUCUUGCAUAAGAGUAGUGAUUAUUUCAAUCUUACCAGUAAACUUGGUUGUCAUAUAUUAUGCCAAGGACUGCUGCUACACUAAUUGCGUAUGCCACACAGUCUCUGAAUAAGGGCCAACAAGAUAGCCUUGAAACCUGUAAAAUGAUAGUUAAUUUACUUCAAUACAAUGCUUAGUGUAAUAGUAAACUUCUUUGUAUAUUUGUAGCUAAAUAUUGUUACCUUUUGCAUAUUACUUUGAGAAAAGUAAAGGAAUUUUAAAGAAAGGUUGUGUUUCUAAAUUUACACUGAUUUUCAUAAAUUUGACCAAGAGCUAUUUGUGGGUUAACUUUAAAUUGAAUACAUGUUGUUUUCCUACUGAUUAAUAAAGUCGACUGAACACGUUA